UGCCGGGUAUAUCUUCCUGCUUCACUUUUUGAUUACAAAAGUUUUGUUCUGCUUUUUGACUUUUUGAUUAUGCAAAUUUCGUCUGUUGUGACGAAGCUUGUUUGUCUUAAAGGAUUUGAGAAAUUGGGGUUUUCCAGUGUCAGUGAAAUUACUGUUUUUGUUGUUGUCACAGAUUUGAUUGUUUUGGGGAUUUUGAAUUGUUUGUCGCAAAAUUUGAAGUUGUUCUUACCGGUUUGCGUACUGGGUUAGUGAAAUUACGGUUAGUGUUCGACCCUGCUGUUCUGGUUUUUGGAGUUUUUUAGAGCUUAUUUUAGGGAUAAGGAAUUGAAUUUUCCCCGCGUUAGUGAAAUUUGUGCUUGUGCUGUAAACGAUCUGUGUGGGAAUUUUGAUUUGUGCUCUUCGAUUUAGGUACUGGGUUGGUUAAAUUAGGGUUAUUUUAGAGAACUGGGGUUUCCCCGCGUUAGUGAAAUUUGUGUUUGUGCUGUAAAAAAAUCGACCUGUUCGGAAAUUGUGAGUUGUGUCUCGCAGUUAAUGGUGGGUUGUAUUGCUGCUGUUCGCUGCACUGUCUGAGCUUUUGGUGCUAUGAUUUUCCUUCAUCUUUUGGAUGUGUAAGUUCUUGACUGGUUAACACUCUUCCCGGAACAAUAUAACUGGUAUGCCAACCAUUUUAUAGAACUUACCAUUAUGUCUUUGGGCACACUAUUAUCACAUAAGACACUGGAUGUGGGCCUCCAUUUCAUCCCGCCGCUCCAAUACGAUGUGUAAUAUCAUUGUCAAUAAAAUAAAUUCGUUGACUUGGGGGUGAAGUUGGUAAAUUGGGCUGCCAUCAAUAUCAUCAGUUACUAGGCGCAAAAGAUAUAAAGUGGGAGUUAUCCUUAGGAGAAGAACACAAUGGCUUCUCUGUUCAAGGAUUUAGCCAAGAUUUCUGCAUAUAGGGACAGAAGGUUUCCAGGAACGCAAGAAGAAUUUGAAGAUGCUUUGUUAAGGUCGAUAACUGUUUAUGUGGGGAACAUGUCUUUCUACACAACAGAGGAGCAAGUAUAUGAGCUGUUCUCUCGUGCUGGAGAGAUUAAAAAGAUAGUGAUGGGAUUGGAUAAGAAUUCCAAAACUCCUUGUGGAUUCUGCUUUGUAAUGUACUACUCCAGAGACGAUGCUGAAGACUCUGUCAAAUAUAUCAGUGGAACAAUUCUUGAUGAUCGCCCUAUUCGUGUUGAUUUUGAUUGGGGAUUUCAAGAAGGUAGGCAAUGGGGCCGUGGUAGGAGUGGUGGACAGGUACGCGAUGAAUAUCGUACCGACUAUGAUCCAGGUCGAGGAGGUUAUGGAAAAUUAGUCCAAAAGGAAUUGGAAGCACAAAGGCAGCUAGUGGAUUAUGGUACUGGAUCAUUGGGCGCGUACCCACCAGUUAUGCCACCUCCACCUCAUUAUGGUAGGCAUAGGGGAAACCAUGGUCAUGGAGGCUCUUAUCGACAUGGUAGAGACUUUCAUCGCAAGCGAAACAGGGAAGAUGACCACCACCAUCGGUCAGAUUAUCCAAAGAGGAGUUAUGACCGCGACCGCGAAUCUCGGAGAACCUCUGAUCAUGAAUCCAGACCGGAGAAGAAUCCACGUUUCCGGGAAAGAGGUGAUUCUGAUGAAGAGGAUGAUGAUGAUAGGAAGCGGCGCACCUAGUUAUUUUAUUCCUAAUCUAGAUGUUGAUUGCUGUGUUUUGCUUUAAAAGAGAGUCGAAGACCCUGCCCUUUUUUGCUCUCAUCAAUUUCUUUGUGCUUACACGACGAUGUAUUGGCACCUGAGGAGUAAUCGUUGUGUUCUACUCUCUUCAUUUGUUUGUAUUUGUGAUGGAAUUAAAAUUUUAAACUCAUCUAUCUAGCCUUCUUAUUUUUCUGCAA